CGCACGUGCUUAAGCCAGAUAGAACUCGCUAAAUAUUGACGGACUAAAGUAUAUUACAACAAAUGUCGAAUGAUAACAAAGAAAGUGGCGAGAAUGAUCCUUCGAAUAAGCAUACUGAAGGUAUCAGCGAUGACCGAAUGGCAGGCAGUUUUGAGAAACCUUUAGAUCUUGACGAUGUGUUGAUCAACGAAUUGGGACAAUUCGGGUUGUUUCAACUGCGAAACGUCAUUCUUGUCUCAAUCCCCAUUAUGAUGUCAGCAUUUAUGAGUGAAUUCAUUUUCUCGUCAGCCGCAAUACCUCAUAGAUGUCGAAUUCCAGAAUGUGGAGAGAACGGAAAGUUGCACCAAUAUGAUCCUGAGUGGAUCUUGAACGCUGUGCCGGAGACAAGUUCAGGAUUUUCUAGCUGUCAAAGAUAUGUUCCCCGAGGUCUCGGUACUAAUGGUACUCUGGAUUAUUGUCCUGCUGAUCUCUUCAACAACUUGGAAACUGUUGAAUGUGAUGGUUACGUGUAUGCGAGGGACAAUACGAUUGUUUAUGACUUUGAUCUCGGAUGUCAGGACUGGCUCCGUGCGCUAGCUGGUACUCUUAACAGCGUAGGAACAUUACUAGUGCUGCCGAUCACUGGUUACAUUUCCGAUCGUUUCGGUCGCAAGCGGGCUCUGAUAAUUAGCGUCUUUAACUUGGGUCUUAUCGGACUCAUCCGCGCCUUCUCUGUCAAUUACAUCAUGUACGUGGUUCUACAAAUCUUACAAACUACACUCGGAGCGGGGACAUUUAGUUCUGCCUAUAUUUUCGGUAAAAGUUUUGUUACACUAAAAUAUAAAAAACCUUUUUUUUUUCAAUAUGUUAAGCUUAUGUUCUUUUUUUUAGCUGCUGAACUUGUCGGACCGAAGUAUCGUGUAAUAACAAGUUCUGCAGCUGCAUCUAUGUUCUCCGUCGGACAAGUAGUACUCGGCUCGGUGGCUUGGUUGAUCCAUCCCUGGCGGUACAUGAUAAUGGCUCUACACAUCCCUUGCUUUCUUGUUAUAAGCUACUACUGGAUUUUGUCUGAAAGUGUCAGGUGGCUCCUAGCAAAGAAAAAGUUCACCGAAGCCAGGGAAGUAUUGGAGACUGUAGCAAGAGUGAACAAUAAACAUAUUAGUCAAAAAAGUUUAGAAGCUUUAAUGAAUACGUCAGACACAUCCGUCCAAGCUUCAGACGCUAAUAAACCAGGAUUGGUUCGGAGUAUAGUACGGUCACCAACUCUACUUAGACGAGUCUGCACUAUUCCAAUCUGGUGGAUUACCUCUACCUUUGUCUACUACGGACUGUCCAUCAACUCGACUGGUCUCUCUGAUACAAUUCACUUGAAUUACAUUUUGACUUGUGCUGUUGAAAUUCCAGGCAAUUUCGCAUCAGUUUUUAUAGUAAAUAUAAUUGGUAGAAAGGCCACGCUUUCCUGUGGUUUCUUUUUUAGUGCCUUGUGCAAUAUAGUUUUUAUCUUCAUCUCAAACGAUCUAUAUGUAGUUCGUUUGAUUAUUUUCAUGCUGGGCAAGUUUGGAAUUUCGGUAGUGAUGACGUCAUUAUACCUGUACACUUCAGAACUGUAUCCGACGGAGUUUCGCCACAGCUUGCUCGCUUUCUCAUCUAUGAUUGGUAGAAUUGGAUCCAUUACGGCGCCACUUACUCCAGUACUUAUGAAUUACUGGCACGGUAUCCCUUCGAUACUUUUUGGUGGUAUGGGUAUAAUCGCUGGUCUGCUAGUGCUUACGCAGCCCGAAACUACGGGCACUAAAAUGCCAGAUACCCUAGCGGAAGCCGAGGCACUGGGAAGGAACGACUCCAAACUUGAACAGUCGAGAUGAUUGUUACAUUCUACGGAUCUGUGUUUUUAUCUUAAGAAAUGAUUCAUGCGCGUUAUGUUUGAUUCAAAUUGUUUACAUACAUAUCUGUUUUUAAUUUCAAUCUGAUUAUUAAUCUUGUGAUAGUUAUACGCGGUUUCAAGUGACUACCAAAUUAUACUAAUAUAAGAACUCAAUUUUAUUUCACAAGGACAAGGACACGGCCACGGAUGCGACGUCGUAUGUCUGUUAUUGCAGGUUAUUCUGUAGCCUACCUAAGGGGACUGCACCCACUAGUUAAUCUAGUGUGUCGUGUUUAUUGUUUACUAUAAUUGUGCUACAGUAGCUCUUAUUAAAACAAUGUGUUUUCGAUUAUUUAUUAAAUUGAAUUUGUAUGUACAUAUAUGUAUGUUGUUUUACGAA